AUGCCUGCUCGAACCGCACCCAGGGUGGCCCCAGAAGAAGAGACCGAAGUAAUAGACAUCUACCUCUCUGAUAUACUUGGACGCCUCGUGAGGUUCAUCGCCUACCUGUCGGUAUUCUGCGUUAUCUGUUACUUGUCGUGCCAAACCGCCUUCGUCGCUCUGCCCGUCAUUUCUGCAGCGAUGUAUGCCUUCUAUCACCCCAUGUUCGCGCACAGCAUUAUCGGCGGCAUGAGCGCCACCAUAUACACAAUCCCCUACGUCCUCACUGUCGUCGGCUUUUAUCGCAUCUGGCAUCACGACAUGCGCAGCCCCGCUCUCAAACGGUAUCCCUGGCCCGUCCUCGCCUCCUCACUGCUCGCCGACGCGGCAAACACGGUGCGCGUGGCGCUUGUCCUUGCACCCGUCCUAGUGUUUCUCUCAGGGCAUGGGUUCGACCACUAUUGGCAGCGUGCUGCGGACGACGCCUCCCUCGCAGGACAGCUUGCGGCUACCAUACUCCACUGCCGGGUCAUGUUCAGGUGGAUGCCCGUCGCCUGGAAGGGAUUUGACUUGAAGCCACCCAGUGACUAG